AUGCUAUCACAAAGUUCCACAGGAUGGCGCUUCGGCCUUAUCCUAGCUACUGGAGUCUCGGUCGUGGUAACCAUUAGCAACGUCUUGUUUCUUGUCAUCUCCGUAUCACACAUAGAAACGGUUCCGGAUUCCGCAGGAGAAGGGGUCCUGUUCUCCGGAGAAUGCAAGAAAGCUAAGCAAAUCAGCACCUGGUCUCAUCUCCUCAUCAACAUCUUAGGAACCAGUCUUCUCGCGGCCAGCAACUUCACUCAGCAGAUUCUUACAGCACCAACGAGAGAGGAAAUUGAUAAAUCCCACGCUAAAAGAAAGUGGUUAGAUAUAGGCGUACCCUUAAUUCACAACCUACCUAGAAUCUCUAAGAAACGACUGCUAGCUUAG